AGGGACCGGCGCGGGGGCGGGAGAGCGCGGCGGAAGCCGGAGACGGCGGGUGGGCCGGUGGCUGGCCCUGGGCGGGGAGUCGGGGCGGCGGCGGCUGCCGAGAGGGACCGCGGCGAGGGAAGCGCAUCCAGCAGCCCCGGCGCAGCGGCGGCGGCGGGGACUCGGGUCCGCGCGCCCCGGCGGCCGGCGGGCGCGGGCCGGCGCGAUGGAGCCGCAGCACGUGCGCCCCGCGCCUGGCGCCCACAGCCCAGCGUGGGAGGAACCGGAGUCGGAGAGGAUGGCAGGGGCCGGAGGCCAGCACCACCCUCCGGGCGCCGCUGGAGGAGCGGCCGCCGAAGCCGGCGCCGCGGUCCCCUCCGCUGCUGCCUCGGCGGGGCCGGGAGAGGAUUCGUCUGACAGCGAAGCGGAGCAAGAGGGACCCCAGAAACUGAUCCGCAAAGUGUCCACCUCCGGGCAGAUCCGGACCAAGACCAGUAUUAAAGAGGGACCGCUGUUGAAGCAAACCAGUUCUUUCCAAAGGUGGAAAAAGCGAUACUUCAAACUUCGAGGCCGCACCCUCUACUAUGCAAAGGACUCAAAGUCUCUGAUAUUUGAUGAAGUUGACCUCUCAGAUGCUAGUGUAGCUGAAGCAAGCACGAAAAAUGCUAACAACAGCUUCACGAUCAUCACUCCAUUCAGAAGGCUAAUGCUGUGUGCUGAGAACAGAAAGGAGAUGGAGGAUUGGAUCAGCUCACUGAAGUCUGUACAGACCAGAGAACCCUACGAGGUGGCCCAGUUUAAUGUGGAACAUUUCUCAGGGAUGCACAACUGGUACGCCUGCUCCCACGCCCGGCCCACCUUCUGUAACGUGUGCAGAGAGAGUCUUUCUGGAGUCACCUCCCAUGGCCUGUCCUGCGAAGUGUGUAAAUUCAAGGCUCACAAAAGAUGUGCAGUGAGAGCAACAAAUAACUGUAAAUGGACUACCCUGGCCUCCAUUGGGAAGGACAUUAUAGAAGAUGAAGAUGGCGUGGCGAUGCCUCACCAGUGGCUCGAGGGCAACCUGCCUGUGAGUGCCAAGUGUGCUGUCUGCGACAAAACGUGUGGCAGUGUUCUCCGUCUACAGGAUUGGAAAUGCCUGUGGUGUAAGACAAUGGUACACACUGCCUGCAAAGAUUUAUACCAUCCAAUAUGUCCACUUGGUCAAUGUAAAGUAUCUAUCAUACCUCCAAUUGCGCUAAACAGCACUGAUUCCGAUGGUUUCUGUAGAGCAACAUUUUCGUUCUGUGUUAGUCCUCUAUUGGUUUUUGUCAAUUCUAAGAGUGGAGAUAAUCAGGGAGUAAAGUUCCUUCGUCGCUUUAAACAGUUGCUAAAUCCGGCUCAGGUGUUUGAUUUAAUGAAUGGAGGUCCUCAUUUAGGUUUAAGAUUAUUUCAGAAGUUUGACAAUUUCCGGAUUCUUGUUUGUGGAGGCGAUGGAAGUGUAGGUUGGGUUUUGUCAGAAAUCGAUAAGCUCAACUUGAAUAAACAGUGUCAGCUGGGAGUGUUGCCUUUGGGUACAGGAAAUGACCUUGCCCGAGUUCUUGGCUGGGGAGGUUCAUAUGACGACGACACCCAGCUUCCUCAGAUCCUAGAGAAACUGGAACGAGCCAGUACCAAAAUGUUGGACAGGUGGAGUAUAAUGACAUAUGAACUCAAAUUGCCACCAAAAGCUUCCCUACUUCCAGGACCUCCAGAAGCAUCUGAAGAAUUUUAUAUGACGAUUUAUGAAGACUCAGUUGCAACGCAUCUUACGAAAAUCCUCAAUUCUGAUGAACAUGCAGUGGUCAUAUCAUCUGCCAAGACACUAUGUGAAACUGUAAAGGACUUCAUUGCCAAAGUAGAGAAGACGUAUGACAAAACCUUGGAAAAUGCCGUUGUAGCUGAUGCCGUAGCCAGUAAAUGUUCAGUCCUGAACGAGAAGCUCGAACAACUGCUGCAGGCUUUGCACACAGAUUCCCAGGCUGCACCUGUUCUCCCUGGCCUCAGCCCUCUCAUUGUGGAGGAAGAUGCUGUGGAAUCGUCCAGUGAAGAGUCCCUGGGUGAAAGCAAAGAACAGCUUGUGGAUGACGUUACCAAACCUUCCUCCCAGAAAGCCGUCAAACCAAGAGAAAUCAUGUUGCGGGCAAAUAGUUUAAAGAAAGCAGUGAGGCAAGUCAUUGAGGAAGCCGAAAAAGUUAUGGAUGACCCUACAGUUCACCCCUGUGAACCAGCUAAUCAGUCCUCUGAUUAUGACAGCACAGAAACAGAUGAGUCUAAGGAGGAAGCUAAAGACGAUGGUGCCAAAGAAUCACUAACUGUUAAAACUGCACCUCGGUCUCCAGAUGCCCGGGCAAGUCAUGGCCAUUCCCAAACUGAUUCUGUCCCUGGUCCAGCUGUGGCAGCCAGCAAAGAAAACCUCCCUGUGCUCAAUACCAGAAUAAUCUGCCCAGGUUUAAGAGCGGGACUGGCUGCCUCUAUUGCUGGGAGUUCAAUUAUCAACAAAAUGUUACUAGCAAACAUUGAUCCUUUCGGUGCCACGCCGUUUAUUGACCCAGAUCCAGAUUCCGUAGAUGGAUAUUCAGAAAAAUGUGUCAUGAACAAUUACUUUGGGAUUGGAUUAGAUGCAAAAAUUUCAUUAGAAUUUAAUAAUAAAAGAGAGGAGCACCCUGAAAAAUGCAGGAGCCGAACUAAAAACUUGAUGUGGUAUGGAGUGCUUGGAACCCGGGAGUUAUUACAGAGAUCGUACAAGAAUUUAGAACAAAGGGUUCAACUUGAGUGUGAUGGGCAAUAUAUUUCUCUUCCCAGCUUGCAAGGCAUAGCUGUGUUGAACAUUCCCAGCUAUGCUGGAGGCACUAACUUUUGGGGUGGAACUAAAGAGGAUGAUAUAUUUGCUGCACCGUCAUUUGAUGACAAGAUCCUGGAAGUUGUAGCAAUAUUUGAUAGCAUGCAAAUGGCAGUUUCAAGGGUCAUUAAACUGCAGCAUCAUCGAAUAGCCCAGUGCCGUACAGUAAAAAUCACUAUAUUUGGUGACGAAGGAGUCCCAGUGCAAGUGGAUGGUGAAGCAUGGGUUCAGCCUCCAGGGAUUAUCAAAAUUGUGCACAAAAACAGAGCACAAAUGCUAACAAGGGACAGAGCCUUUGAGAGCACUCUGAAAUCUUGGGAAGAUAAGCAGAAGUGUGAUUCUGGUAAACCAGUUCUCCGAACCCAUUUGUACAUCCAUCACGCCAUUGACUUAGCAACGGAAGAGGUGUCGCAGAUGCAGCUGUGCUCCCAGGCUGCAGAGGAGCUCAUUACUAGGAUCUGUGACGCAGCCACAAUUCACUGUCUUUUGGAGCAAGAACUGGCCCAUGCUGUGAAUGCCUGCUCACAUGCCCUGAAUAAAGCCAACCCAAGGUGCCCGGAGAGUCUUACAAGAGACACUGCCACUGAAAUAGCCAUCAAUGUGAAGGCGCUGUAUAAUGAAACGGAAUCUUUGCUAGUUGGCAGGGUUCCUUUGCAGCUGGAAUCACCACAUGAAGAGCGGGUAUCCAAUGCCUUACACUCUGUGGAGGUGGAAUUACAGAAAUUGACAGAGAUUCCUUGGCUUUAUUAUAUCUUACACCCAAAUGAGGAUGAGGAACCUCCUAUGGAUUGCACCAAAAGAAACAACAGAAGCACCGUAUUUCGAAUAGUGCCAAAGUUUAAAAAGGAAAAGGUUCAGAAGCAGAAGACAAGUUCACAGCCUGUUCAGAAAUGGGGCACAGAGGAAGUUGCUGCUUGGCUGGAUCUGCUCAAUUUGGGAGAGUACAAAGAUAUCUUCAUCCGUCAUGACAUCAGAGGGGCUGAACUUUUGCAUCUGGAAAGGCGAGAUCUUAAGGACCUGGGGAUACCGAAGGUGGGUCAUGUGAAGCGAAUUCUCCAGGGAAUUAAAGAGCUUGGAAGGAACACUCCACCAUCAGAGGUGUAAUCAUAUUAGUGCUAUUCUUUGGAAGAGAAGUUAUUGCCACUUAAUACAAAGUCUUUGGAAGCAAGUGGUGGUUCUUGUAGUUUUCUGCGUAGAUAAGUAAGCACCACUGAAGCACCUCUAUGGCUUGAUAUUUUGCUGUGGGUGAAAUUUUGAUUUGAGGUAUUACAAAAUAUUUUUGUGCCAAAAAAUACAUUCCACAAAGCCAUUUUCUUUCUGUGCAAACCUGACAUGUUCAAAUAUAGUCACAAUAGUAAUAAGGUAGGAGGAAUCUGAGAUGAUUGCAUUGUCCAAAAGGUGGAAUUGCAAAAUGUUUACUUUCCAUAGAUCUGGUCUGAUGGGAUGUUCCUGCUGUGCAACUGCAUAACAAUAUGUGGUUAAAACUUCCUGGGUUUCAUUAUUGGAGGCACUGGCCAUUUUCUUAAAAUCGUAGGUUAGGAGACUAAAAUAUAAAUUAAGUUGUGUUUUGAAUGUAGAUUGGUAUCACCUCCAAUUCCUAGUGCUUAGUGGUCAAGAAUAUGUUGAAAACCUGCCCAAUACUAUGAAUGAAUGCAAAUCUUAAUGCACGAUGUUCCUGCCUGAAAUGUCUUUCUUUUUCUUGCAUGUCACAUCUAAUAUUGUAACAUUUUAAAUAGCUUUCAUGUCAAUUUUAAUGUUAAUGGGAUUUAAUUUAUUACUAAAGUAUAUUUUUGUUGGCUAAGGGCACUGCACUUUUCUGUUUUUUAAUGUGGAAUUUUGCGUAUUCUGUACUUAAGACUUUGUAAAUGUGUGUCUGUGCCAUAAUCAACAAAUGAUAUACAUUGUAUGCACGUCAAUUUUAUUUCAAUCUAUCAUAAGCAGUAGGCGUGCACGUUAAGAAAAUUCUCUGGGUAUUUUCAUAAAAUUACCUGCUCCCUUACCUGACAAAAUUUGUUACAGCUUUCCAAACUAAAAUGUCCACAUUUCAUUUCUAAUUUUUAAUUUCAAUUUAAUAAUUAUUUAAUAUUCUGUUUGAAUUUAUGAUACAGUGGAGUGUUGAUAUCCAGGAAUUCCCUAAGGUGCCAACCGAGAUUUAUAUACUGACAGAUUACCCAGACUCACCCACUCUCUAUAGUGGCUUCUGACACAAACUUUCCAACAGAAGAGAUUUAAAUUUUUUCUUAAGGGCUUUAUGUUAUUGUUAUUAUUAUCUCACUUAAUUCUUAAUUCCUGUCAGGUGGAUAUUAUUUUCCUUUUUCUAAACCACUCUACUUCAGUGUAGCUUAUUAGAAGUCAACAUUACACUGGUCAAAUCUUUGAAAGCCAAAGGCAUACAUAUCAAAAAGUCACAAAAAUAUCCUUAAAUAAGCUUUCUUUAGCCAUUAUAUACCAAAACAUUAAUUAUAAUAUUUUAAAAUAUUGUAUAUAAGAGAAAUAAACAGGGUACUGACUCAGUGGUGAUAAUUUUUAUGAAGCAGCCUGCUAGGUUCUUAAUAGAUAUAUGCACACACAGAUAUAUACAUAUACACAUAUAUGUGUGUGUAUAUAUACACACACAUAUACAUUUAUAUGUGUAUAUAUACCUACAUACAUAUAAUCUUGUGAUAUAGCAUCACUGAUAAUUUUCUAGACAAUUAUUUCCCAGUGUUUAAAGAGAAAUACUAAUAGGCGAGCAUUUAAAAUGAACUGUUGUCAGGCAUAUUAUUUAAUUAUAUCAAAGGAGUUUAACUGUUUGACACUUUACUCUUGUUUAUAACUUGGGUAUUUAACUACUAGUAAAAAUCACAAAAUUUUGAUGUCUUUAGAAUAAAUGACCCUGAGGGAUUCCUGACCAAGUAUGUCUGACUAUAUAUUUUACCUAAGUUGUAAAUAAAUGGAAAUUUUCCAAAGACAGUUAUAUCAAGUAGUUUAAAAAGAGUCAUGAGGCUGGGCGUUGUGGCUCAUGCAUGUAAUCCCACCACUUUGGGAGGCUGAAGUGGGUAGAUCACCUGAGGUCAGGAGUUCAAGACCAGCCUGACCAGUAUAGUGAAACCCCAUCUCUACUGAAAAUAUAAAACAUAGCCGGGUGUGGUGGCGGGCACCUGUAAUCCCAGCUACUCAGGAGGCUGAGGCAGGAGAAUUGCUUGAACCCAGGAGAUGGAGGUUGCAGUAAGCUGAGAUCAUACCACUGCUCUCUAGCCUGGGUGACAGAGCAAGACUCCAUCUCAAAAAAAAAAAUAGUCAUGAAUUACUCAAUUAUUCUAAUUGUAUCUGCACUUAUGAAGUCAGAGGUCUCCUUUUUCAGCCCCUCUGAUAGUCCCACCUAAGUGCUGUUCUGUAAGCACUUUCCUGUGCAACCUAACAGAGGUGCCAGGUUCCCAGAACUCUCUGACAUUGCAGAUCUCUGUCCAUCUCUACUAAAAAAAUGAAAAGUGAGGGCAAGAAGGGGAAGAACUCUAGCAUAAAGAAUGUAUUAAUAUAAAUAGUUUUUGAUUUUCACCCCUCAUCCCCCUUUGCUAAUAGAAAAGAGUCUAGCUUAUGACGUGUCCCAAAUUUAAGAGUGUGAUGUGAAGGAUUGAAUUUUGUUGGUUUGUUUGGUAGUCUUUUCACUCGCAGGUAACAUCUUUUGUAUAUGCUGUAAAGUCUCAGUUAAUGGAAUCCUACAGUGCAUUUCUGGCCGGCUCAGUUGGUAGAGCCUGAGUCUCUUAAUGGAAUCCUUAAUUAGCCAGAAUUUUCCUGCAAAUGGCUUUGGAUGGGGGAAAUUCUAUAAAAUGACAAUUUGGAUGUACUUUUUGUUAAAUGAGAGCAAUUUUCUCUAUAUGCUUUGUCUCUGCAUGGCUGUGCAGGGCCCAGAUGACUUCACUGACACCUGUUUCCAGGAGGGGGUCUUCAGAGCCUCCUUAGGCCCCUGUCAAUAUCAUAAAUAAUCCCUCUUCUUGUAGUAGAUGCGAUUACCAAAAAAAAAAAGUAGGAAAGAGCUUCUCCAUGGGAUCGGAUCACAGCUUUGGGGAGUGGGAUGGGGCCUCUGUGCUUUGAUCCAUGCAUGAGCUGGGGUCAGAAGUUCCCACCUGCACCUGACUGCAGUGACUGUAAUGGCUGGAAUUGUCAGCUCUUCUCCCGGAUAGGCUCUCCUUCACCUGGAGGAUGGGGGCUGGUGGGAGGUCAGGGAAGGGGAGGGCAUCAGCCAGAAUAUAUUUUCUUUCAGUUCCAUUUCCUGAGGAAGAACUUGCUUUUAAAGGAGGUAAAGGGACAGAAUCAGACCUAAAUAAAAUUCCUGAGUAUGCAGUAUUUCUCUUUAGGGUCUCUUCACCUCCCUUUCUGAGUUUCUUUCCUACAUUCUGGCUCUUCAUUUUCACAAUGCCCAAUGCAGUCAUGGUUGCUGAAAUUCUCACUGCUUUCUGCUUUCCUUUCCCCAUCAAUUAAUCCACUACAAAAUGACCCCUUUCAUUUCUCACUUAAGCAUACAUGGUGGGUCAUUUAAGUGUUAGGAAGAAAACAAUUUAAAGACACUAAUUUUACAGCUUGCAUUGUAUAAAAGGAUACUUGCUAGAUAAUCUAAAUGAAUUGAUGGAUUAGAUCAUUUGGGACUGUGAUGUAUAUUGUUGUUACUGACAAGAAAUGACCCAUGAAUAUCUAGAUCUAUCCUGUCUGAUAUUGUAGCUACAUGUGGCUAUCUAAAUUUAAAUGGAAUUUCAUUAAGCCAGGCACAGUGGCACAAGCCUGUAAUCCUGAUGACUCAGGAGGCUGAGGCGGGAGGAUGGCUUGAGGCCAGGAGUUUGAGACCAGACUGGGCAACAUAGUGAGACCCUGUCUCUGAAAAAAAAAUUUUUUUUAACUAGCUAGGCAUGGUGGCAUGUGCCUGUAGUCCCAGCUACUCUGAAGGCUGAGGUGGGAGGAUUGCUUGAGCCCAGGAGUUCAAGGCUGCAGUGAGCCAUGGUCAUGCUACUGCCCUCCAGCCUGGGCAGCAGAGCAAGACCCCUACUCUUUAAAAAAAUUAAGCUAAUUAGAAAUUCCAUUUCUCAGUUGCACCAACUACAUUUCAGGUGUUCAGUAACCACAGUGGACAGUACAGAUGUAGAAAAUUUCCAUCACUGCAGAAAUUCUAUUGGACAGCUCUGGUGUAGAUCAUUGCUACUCAAAAUGUGAUCCAUGGGGCAGCAGCCUGGGAGCUUACAGAAAUGCAGAAUUCCAGGUCCACUUCAGAUCUACUGAAUCAAAGUCUUCCUUUAGCAAAAUUUCUCAAAUGAUUAGCACUGGCCUACAUCCAUUUUAUCCAUCCUUAGCUCUAAGGGACAUGAGGUCCAAGGGCUUCAAAAGGUCUCUGGAAUAGCUUGUUUCUUCAUCCACUGUUUCCUAUUCAUUCUUCAGCUAAUCCCAGCAAUGAGAUGAAACUCAUUCAUCAUCCUUGGUGAGUUUUCUUCUCAAUCCUUAUUCCUUAUUCUGGUUCUAGGUGAGCCCUCCCUACCAGUGGUUGUAUUUUGGUAGCCAAAGUGGGACACAGGAGAUUGGCGGACCAACACAGCUGGCCUUUCUCUAGCCCUCCCUCCACCACUAAGUCACUAACAAUCCACGUUUGCUCAGUUUGUUGACAUGUGGCAUGUUCAUUUGUUCACAACGUAAUCACAGGGAACAUUUCAGAAAAAUACUUACUGAGAUAAGUUAAAACCAUGUUAGUCUCCUACAACUUGUACAUUUUCAUGUUCUCUUAUCAGUAGAUUGUUGUUGUUGACAUAGCCCAUGCAUGAGGACGCAUAGCAGCACACACACAGUGAAUGAACUGUUAGGCAUGCAAAAAAAUAAAGAAAAAGGAAUGAACCAAAAUGAUUCCAAGUAAAGUGAAUGUCAUUUAAGCCCUGUAAAAAGGCUUGCUUUGCUAGAUUUAGAUCUGUGUUCCUUAUGCUCACUUAUCUUGAUGGUCACAUGGUUAGUAAUUCCUUAAAAUAGUGCCUGAAAAACAAUAUUUCAUAUUCUUGACCCCCAAAUAACAAUUUAUUUAAUUCUAUAAUAAGAUUUUUCCCAAUGAGACUUAUUGUCAGGAAUCCUUCGUUUAGUAACUUUUACAUAUUGAUAUAAUGUACCAAACAAAACACAAUUGCCUAGAGAUGCUUUAGCUAAUUUUUAUUAAUAAUGAGGACAAUAUUUUUGUCUUCAUGGAACUUAUUUUUAGCAGGAAUCAAGGAAGAAAAUAUUCAUGCAGAGCUAUAACUUAGAAAGUUAUAGGGGCUGCCACUUUUCAGCACUUCUAAAGUAAAACAUCUUUUAUCUCCAACUGGGCUGUCAACCUAGUGGACUUUCAUGCUCUACGGAGAUGAAUUCUUUAAGGAUAUAGCCCUUAAUUAAGCUAUAAGAACAAUGCAUCUCUUGACCCUGACAUCUAGGAUCUCUCCCGUCCGCCCCCUCUAUGCCCCACUCCAACUAACUCAUCCUGCGUCUCAGAUGUAAGUUGGGUAAGACAGUGGAUUUGAAGUUUGAUAAUACAAAUGGCAGUUUUAAAACACCAAAUUCUUUACAUCAGCUGAAAUGAAGAGUGAGAAGUGAAAAUGCCUCCACUAGUAAUUGUUAGCCAAUAGAGUAGCCUCCCAGAGCAGUCCCCACAGCACGUGGUUACCAUGGGUUUCUCUCCUCUCACUGCCUGCCCCAGUGCCAUGAUGCUUGGGGCUUGUCUCUUCUAUGGCAUCCCCUGAUUGACUUUUGUAUAGCAAUCUCUGUGUCAAGUCAGUAAUAUGAUGCCUUUGUAAUAGGAGGCCUUCCUAAAGAAGUAACUGCAAUUUUUAAAAUGUGAUGAUUAUUGGUUUUUAUAAUACACAAAGUGUUAAUUGUUUCUUAUCUUAUUUUCUCCUUAUUAUUUUUUUCCAAGUUUUGUUUGGAGAUAUUUAUGUUAGAAGAAAAACUAUGAAGUUUUAUCAUUGUAGAGAACAGAGAUCAAAGACAGCUGGACUGUACCUAUUUGUAUAAUUAUUUCUGAUAUUUUUAGGAAAAGAAGUUUAACAGGGUAACUCAGACUGAGACUGUUAAACUCUGUUCAUGAUAAACUCCAUGUUACAUAAUAUAGGUGAACAGAUUAAUUCCCUCCAUGUAACUAAGAUAUUCUAUUUACAUUAUUUAUAUAUUCUCUUAGUUGUUUAUGUACUUCCAAGUUUUGGAAAAAUGAAAACCAAGCUACUACUUAAAAGUUACUAAAAACUUCACAUAAAAUAUUUCAUUUUAGCUACAAGUUAUUCAUUGCAUAGGAUUUUAUAAAUAGUCUGGGUAUUUCAUAGGAACUACAUUUCAAAAGUAAAUCAACCAAACCUAAAAAAAAGGGUUACUUUUAAAAUGCAUUAAAAUAAAGAAGUUUCAUACUCAGUUGAUAAUGCCAUUAAGGUAGGAUAAUGCAGUUAUAUAUACAAACUAAAAAGGAAAAAGAAUAUAUUUUGUGGUCCUUAAUGUUUGAUUGCACUAUUGUGUCCCACAGCUUAGCCAUAUCUAUUUCUGUAUACCAAGUAUUAAGCUGAUAUGUAGCUAAAUAUUUCUUACAGUUCUGGUAACUGGUAACUAGUGCUGUGAAAGGUUUUGGUAUUGUAACAUUCCCAGUUUUGUGAGUUAUAUAUUGUAUAUUGAAGAUGACUAGUAAAUUCAAGUAAUAUAUUUAUCUAGAGCUGGGAAAAUAUAAUUAUUUUCAAAUCUUCAAGUAAAUUGUAUCGAAUGUUUUUCUUCCUCUUAAGUGAGAUAAGUCUCACUUUUAUGUUAAAAUGUGUAUUUAUACAACAGGUUUCUCCUUUUGCUGUUAUUAAUUUUCAUAUUAAAAUUUUUCUUAUCUUUUUAUAUCAAAAUAAUUAUGCUGGCUAUUCAAACUGCCAAGAUGUAUUUUAGUUUGCAGGAUUUUUGGCAGACAAAAUAUUUAAUAACAAAUAUAAAAGCUUUGUAUAUUUUGUGGCAUUAGGGACAAGAAUUUUACCUUUGAAUUCCUCUAUGUGAGGCAGUGCUGGUAUCAGCAAAGUCAGUAACAGACAGUAUUACUUGUAAUCAUCAGAAGGUUUUCACAAGUUGUAUAAAUCGGUGCAUUUAUUUAUUAUAUUGUGAAAUUUAAUCUUAUCUGAAAUACAUAUUCUAGCUCUUUUCCUUUUUACUGCUGUUGCUUAGAGUGUAUAGUUCUGUUGAUGAUUUACUUAUGCACUUGAAGUACUCAUUUCUGUCAAACAGAUGCCCAACUAUUUUCCUUUUAAAAAACUGUAUUCUUUACCAUCAUAGAUAGCGGAAUAGUAAUAGACACCUUGUUAAAAAAAAAUAAGUUUCAUGUUUAAAAUAAAUAUUUUUAAAAAAUAUAAAGCCUAAAUGAAAUCACCAAUAUUAAGGAUUUAAUGUAGCCAAGGGAUUCAGUGUGUUAUAUUUUGCCAAUAUGUAUUUUAUCUUCAUGUCACAACUUAUUUUCUGUAGCUAAUUAUCAGUUUUAGUUCAAAAAAGAUCUUAGUGAUUGUACUGCCAAUAUGACAUUCAAAUGAACGUUAGGAAUCUUGAACCCCAGCCAAGUGCCGUGGCUCAGGCUUGUAAUCCCAGCACUUUGGAAAGCUGAGGGAGGUAGAUCACCUGAGGUCAGGAGUUUGAGACCAGCCUGGCCAACAGAAUACAAAAAUUAGCCAGGCGUGGUGGUGGGUGCCUGUAAUCCCAGCUACUCAGGAGGCUGAGGAAGGAGAAUCGCUUGAACCCAGGAGGUGGAGGUUGCAUUGAGUCAAGAUCUCGCCACUGUACUCCAGCCUGAGCGACAGAGCGAGACUCUGUCUUGGGGAAGAAAAAGAAUUUUGAACCCUUCAAAAUAUCACUUAUCUAGCAGUUCUUGGUUCCAGGGUGGAUAUUUUUAACAUACGUUUGCAUUUGGUUCUGGGAUAGUAACCAUUAUGGAUAAUUGUUUCUGUCUAGUCAGUGAGCUUUUAAUUGUUUGAAUUAUUUCUACUUAAAAUUACUCUUAGUUUAACUGUUUAAAAAACUAAAAAUUUAAAACAUAAUGGCACAACAUACCACACAGAAUAAAACACAUGUUUUCAAGGAAGGAAAAAAAUACCUGUUUUGAUUUAUUGUGAAGCAUGGGUUUACCAAAGAAAAUUGCUUUAAUAAGCCCUAACUUUGUUUUCUUCUCUGUUACAGUGUUAGCAGUUGAUGUAUUGUGUGCUAUUUAAGAACCCAUAGGAGACUAAUAAUUAAUUUACUCUAAUUUUAAAGGCAAAGAGCUUUAUAUUAAUUUUACUGUUGCACAAGCAGUUACUGGAGGUGAGGAAAAAAGAAAACCGGUGAGAGAAAUUACAUGGAAAUUACAGGAAAAAGGAACUUGAGUUGGUAAUUUUUGGCAAAGAUUUGGGAACAAAUAGUUUGAACAUAGAUAUCUUUCACCUUAUAUGAUAGAAACACAAAGCAGACGUGAGCUAUAUAGUGUGUUGAGCACACACCCACAAAACAAAAAAUACCACACUGAUGAAGUCCGAGACUGUAUCUAGAUCUUAGCAUAACUAGUGAAUUCAGGAAGCACAUCCUACCGUUGAAAUUUAGAAGUCAGUAAGAAGGUAGUUCAGAUCAUCUAAUCAUUCAGGACAUUUGAUGGAGUCCACACAAGGGUUUGUGAUAUGCGGCAAGUAUCUGUGCUUUCUCAUCUCAGUGAUUAACGUCUGGAGAACUAAUCAGACACGCUUAGCUGGUUCUAUAGAAAAACACCAGUAAAUGUGGAUCAGACCAUACCCUGCAGACCAAGGAGAUUUUCUUAAACUUGCUAAGCCUUGAAAUGUAUUAGCAAUGACAAUUGCUAAAUGGGUUUUUUCCUUUCACUGAAACAACAAAACAAUUAUUAAAAUUCACAAUACCUAGAGAUGGGAAUAUGGUUUAGGUUUAUCAAGUUCUGUAACUGAUGGCAUUGGCUCAUUGUGUCCUCUCUACAGGUUAUGUUUUGGUGACUUGGUGUUCCCAGUUAGAAAUGGCACACAAUAUUAUCAGCUGUUAGUACUUGGUAACGUUUCUUUUACAAAAGGAAUUAUAUAAGUAUGAAUCACACCUAAUUUUACAAUUUCUUUCCCACUGUCAUUUUAGAUAUAAAUAAAGGCUUCCCAGACUAUAGCACGGAAAUUAGAAGUUCAAAUUGAUAUCCCUGAUGUUCAAUUUAAAAAUGAAAGUAAAGUUAAAAUUAAUAGCAUUUGUACCAGAGUAGAUUAUGAGUAUUUUCCUCUGUUGUAUUACAUGUUCAUAUUAAUCAUUUUAGGAUAGGCCAAAACUCACUUCUAAUAUCUUCAAAAAUUUUUCUAUACUUAAGCCAAACAACGUUAUAGAUGUGAAUAUAUUUUUUAAGUUAAAUCCUUCAUAUCUUUUCUUAGUUUAACUCCCCAAAGAGGAAAAUGUCUCUUUAAACCAGUAGUUAAAAAGAUGGAGUAUGUGAUAUUCCUUUCUCUGUACUGAGUUCUGAAUGUUUGAUGCAGAGCAUGGAUCCCUGACUGCGUUCUCUGACUGUGGAAUGGCAUUCUUUCAUGCAAAGUACUUUCAAAACUUCCCAUAAAGAAACUCAACUAGAGAUUGUCUUUAUUAAUUAAUGGAACUCUGGGUAUGACUAAGGGAAUUAAAUUAGAAAGUAGAAUAACCUAGUUAAAAUCAUUAUAUUAGUUAUACAUGAGAGUGAGGGAACGAUGGCUUGAUCUUUACAUGACAUUUGAAUUCCUUCACUAUCUGAUUCUUGACCUAAAGGUUUCUUUGCUAAAUCUAGUAUUUAUUAUAGUAUAAUAUGAUAAUUUGGAGUUCCUGUUGCAUCUCACUGCCCCAAAAAUGUUGGAAUGCCAUAUGAUACGGGGAAAAGAUUGGAGUUCAUCCCCAUGAAAUUUUGAUUUGUCUUAAUGACGCAACUUAAUUUUCAUGAUGAUAGAUCCCUAAAUGAUUAAUCCAGAAUGAUUUGGUACAGUGACUGGAAGAAAUUGUUUUUCUGGGAAUUUGCUUCCCAUAAUGACCUGACAUACAGGUGACCUCAGUAUAAUUGAAAUUAAUUAUAAUUUUAAUUAGAACAUGCUCUGUUUACAGAUUAUAAUUGUGCAGCACUUUAAAAAAAAUAUACAUAAUUAUGAGAAUGAGAGAAUUACAAACUUGAACAGUUCUUUUGUUUUCUCUCCUUUUACUUGAAAAGCUUUCAGAAAGCUUUUGAAAGAUGACACAGUUUUCAUAGCAACACUAUGCAAAUUAGGUUCUUUUGCCAAGAAACUCAUAAACUAAAGUAUGGAAUAACACAAAUGCUUAAUCUUAAUCUUGGCUUUGGAUUUUGUAAGCAAAAGCAUUUUCUGUAUCAAUUUUUUUUCAGUAUUUAUGCAGUUGCAUGUUUCAUUUUUUGGUUAUGUCAAAAGCUGAAUUCUCAUUUUAUGCUGUGUUUCUCAUUAGUUUCAGUAAAGUGUUGAUUUCAUUGCUGCCUUUCAGGCCUUCAUCAUACAAACCCUCACCAUUUUUCACUCCUUUGCUUUUGCCAUAGGUUUUUUUUUUUUUUAUUUUUUUUUUUUUUUUUUUUUUUUUUUUUUCCAACAACUAGUUUUUCUGCUUUGACUCUUUCCCACCAGAGUGGUCUCUCUAAAACAAAUUUGCUAAAAGUUCUUAAGUAGGCUCUCUUUUCUAUAAAUUACACAAUAGCAAGAGGUCCUAAGUAAGAGGACCUAUGACCUUGCUUCUUUCUUUUUAGUAUCCUCACCAACCUUCCCUCUGUUGACUUUUGUAAUCCAGGAAUUUGGAACUACUUAUAAUUUAGUGCCUUGGCAUAAUCCCGUGCCAUAGAUGAACAUGUUCAAGACUCAGUUCAAAUUUAACUUUCUGUGAAGCCCUACCUGACUUCCCUAGGCAGAUAUUUCUUCCAUGCCUAUAGUAGAUUGAAACUUUUUCUGUUAAAAUAACAUAACAUUUCAAUUACACACACACACACACACACACACCUGUCUCCUCCACUGAAUUUCUCUCUUCCCAUUUGUAUUCUCAGUGUCUAGCUACACAUAGUAGGACUUUGAUAAACAUUUUUGAAUGAAGGUAAUAUAAAACCCAAACUUCUCUGUAUUUGUGUACUUUCACAAAGAAAGGCUUACAAUUCCACGUGAAACUCCACAUGAGGUAAGUGUGCAUUCAUGAGCAUGUGUGCACUCCGGGCAAACCAACAGAAGAUAAACAGCAAGGAAGAGCAGUUGUUUUGUGAAAAAUAAUCAUCUGUUAGCUGUAAAUCCAAAAUAUUGGCAAAUCUGAAUUCUUGUUUCUCAAAAUGAGGCUUCUGAAAUUUUCACAUAACUGCCAAACUCUUAUUUGUAAUUUGUUAAUAUGCCCUAAAGAUCAUCUUUCUCUUUUGUAGACAUUUAGUGUAUACAGUCCACAUAAUACAUAUACUGAUUCCCUACAGACAAUAAUGAGACUUAAGAAAGAAUCAAAAGCAAUAGUGAUGGUGGGAUUUUUAAAUAAUAUUCAGCUGGGGGGAAAUAGACUGAGUUUGUGUGAUUUCAGGUUAUUUAGAGUUACUAUUUUAAUGUAAACGUAAGAAGGCUUGUGACUAUUAUCACCCUCUAUAGAAUAUAAAGACUUAAAAAAAAAAAACUACUACCUAUGGGCCUGUUUUUCUUUGGGAUUAGAUAAAGCCUUUCUACCAUAUCACCAAAUACUCAUAAAGGCUAACAGAAAGCUUUUCCAAGUUAAUAAUUUCUAAAAUUAAAUAUCAGGGCUGGGCACGGUGGCUCACGCCUGUAAUCCCAGCACUUUGGGAGGCCGAAGCAGGUGGAUUACCUGAGGUCAGGAGUUCGAGACCAGUCAAUAUGGUGAAACCUCGUCUCUGCUAAAAAUACAAAAACUAACCAGGCAUGGCGAGGCACACCUGUAAUCCCAGCUACUCGGAAGGCUGAGGCAGGAGAAUCGCUUGAACCCAGGAGGUGGAGGUUGCAGUGAGCUGCGAUCGCACCACUGCACUCCAGCCUGGGCAACAGAACGACAUUCUGUCUCAAAAACAAACAAAAAAAAAUUUAGUUAAAAUGUUUGUAAUUAACUGAAAUGCCCUGUUCCUUCAUUCACUUGAUAGACUUUUCUACCUGCUGUAUACUUGACACUCAGUUAGAUUCCGGGGAUACAAAUAAAGUAAGACAGCUCCUGUCUGGUAGAGUCCAAGUUUGUUUUCACAGUUAUUUUUCCACCAUCUGUUUAAGAUAUUAGGAGAACUAUUAUAAACCAAGUGUUUUUUUCAGGUUACUUCAGGGGAGUCUCCUUCCACCCAAAAAAACUAACCAAAUUAUUUUAUCAUAAAGAGGUAAUCCCAUUUUUAUGUCUACAAUUUUUAUAUUUUUGUGUCAGCCACCAAUAAUUUUGACUGUUUUGUAAAGUACAUAUUUCAUCAAUCCUCUUUCCACAGCCAUACAUGUGAUCCCAGUGACUGAUAGAUCUGUAGAAUGUGAAGUCACAUUUAAAGUUGAUUUUAGGAAGGCAUAUAACCCUAUUGAUCACACACACACCAAAAUAUAUAAGAGUUGUGCAUGGUAAACCCACAGUAGAAGGGAAAAGGUAAUGCUUUCUGGUAUACUUCAGAGGCUCCAUUUGAAGAUGUAGGUUGAUGUUUCCUUGAUUAUUUUGAAUGAGGAGUAGACGGUAAUAAUGUUUAACAGGUAGCAUACGUAUCUAAGCAUAUAGUAAAUAUUACUAGUACUUGUCUGCCAUGUGGCACUAAUAUAUAGGUGAAACAAAAAUAUUUUUAGUUAUAAGAAAUUCUGUAGAUAUUUAUGGAUGGUUAGGCAAUAGAAUUCCUUAAUGAGAAGGAAAAAGCUGUAUCUUUAUUGUCAGUAAGUAUGGAAAAAGCCUACUUGUAUGUAUAUUCACAGUUUGAUAAGCAUGUUUUGAAGUCAUUGUUUCCCAUCAAUAUUAAGUAUCAUCCAUUUCUUAUGUUCUCUAGCAAAAGAAAAUUCUUAAUGCGAUACAGCUUUACUCUUUGUUCGACUUUGUACAAGGUCCACAAAAGGAGGAGGCUCAAAAGAUUGGACACUACCCUGACAUUCAGCACAUUCAUUUUAUCUUUCGAUAAAGAUAACCAGAAAUCAUUUGCCUCCUGUUUAUCAUCAUGCUGAAAACACAACAGUAUAGUUCCUUUCGUCCCUUACAUUGGAAAAGGUAUUUUAAAUUUAGCCUUGCUGUAUUAUUUAUGGUUAGGAAUUUACUACAUUUUGGUAGUCUGUUUUGAAACUAAGCACUUGGGUCUGAAAGAUGCAGAUAAUAUCUAUUUAUUACACAGUGGGCUCUGUUUGCUGCAGAAAAGAGUGAAACUUUCAACUGCUUAGCACACUUGCCAGUGAAAUAUACCUGACAGAGCAGAGGUUAUAACUUUGGCUCUAAUUACUUUUAAUAAUGGUAAGACAACGUGAGUUUUGUUUGUUUACAUGCUGUUUACAAUGGCAUAAUUUUUAAAAUAUAUACAAUUGAUAUAUUUAUUGUCUACUAUUUUAAAGAUGUUUUAUGUGUUUUCACCUUUGGAAUAUAUUGUUACAUUUCCUUGUACAGAUAAUUUGGGUGGCUUUGUUAAUGUAGCUAGUAAUUUUUAUGACUACUAAGUGACCAGUUUUCGGUGCCUUUUAUUGUGGGAUGCAUGAUUAUGUAUUUAUUGUACGGAAGUCACUGAUGUGUGUAUUUUUGUACUUUGCUGAAAGUAAUGGUUGAUCCUGAUGUACGUGAUGAUGAAAGACAUCUUUCCCAAAGGGCACUGCCUUGAGAUCGUCCUUCUCAAAUAAAAAGAAUGCAUUUGAAGAAAA